UGCCCAACCCACGUAAUUCUUAAACCCUCCUCUUCCCCCAACGAGAACUUCAGACUCUACAACUGCUAACGCCGCCAUCGCCGGUCAACUGCCGCCGCAGAUAUGGAGAUGAAGUUAGAUGGAGAAGAGGGUUCUGUUGUUUUAAUUAAGCAAGGAGCUGAGGCCAGAGUGUUUGAGUCAACUUUUGUCGGCAAAAGGUCAGUUGUUAAGGAACGUUUCUCGAAAAAAUACCGGCAUCCAUCUCUGGACACAAAGCUCACUGUCAAACGUCUCAAUGCGGAAGCGAGGUGCAUGACAAAGGCUAGAAAGCUAGGGGUUUUGACCCCCGUGCUGUACGCUGUUGAUCCUUUGAUGCACACGUUAACAUUCGAGUUUGUGGUGGGCCCCGCUGUGAAGGACGUAUUACUCGGCUUUGGGUUGAAAGGUAUCGUUGAAGAACAGUUGGAUGAUAUUGCUACACAAAUUGGUAACGCCAUUGGCAAAAUACACGACGGUGGACUUAUCCAUGGCGAUUUGACAACAUCGAACAUGUUGAUCCGUCAUGAUACCAAUAAGCUGGUACUCAUUGAUUUUGGUCUAAGCUUCACAUCAACCCUUCCAGAAGACAAAGCUGUUGAUUUGUAUGUUCUUGAACGAGCUUUGCUAUCUAUGCAUUCUUCAUGCGGCAAUGUGAUGGACAAAAUCCUUGCUGCAUAUAGGAAAUCCUCAAAGCAGUGGUCUUCGACCUUGAACAAACUAGCACAAGUGCGACAAAGAGGAAGAAAGCGCACAAUGAUCGGGUGAUCUCUGUCAACCAUAUGUUCGACACGAAAGAGACGCCGAAAACAUUGGUUGAAGGAGAAGCUGUGCAUAUAGCAUUAUUAGUACUUCAAUUAUUUCUCCAACGAUGUGAGUUUUCACGACUAAAUGCAGCAAAAGCUUUUAUCCGUGUAUUUUUAUUGCGAUGAACUGAUUAUUGCUUAUAAAGAAGGUGGAUUAUAUGUUGUUCAGUUGUUUUUAUGAUCGUUCCGACAUUUAUUCGAGUUGAUACAUGUUUGUGUCAAUAUAAUUUAUUAUGCUUUGGCGGUGCCGUGCA